CAGUCCUAACUUAACACUUGUUUUUUCCCUGGCCAUAUACAUAGAGAUAAUGGUUUUUUUUGUUGCAAAUUUGAAACUCUGGAGGUUGUUCCUCAGCUGAAAACGUGUUAAGACCCCACCAAGACGGACGGAAAGGCGCGUUUUUGUCUCGCAGUCUUCAAAAAGAUGGACAUGCACGCACAGAGCCGGACGUUGGUGGUGAAGAGGUUCUUCCAGGAUCUGGAGGUGACCAACAUGAGCGACAUCAACAAAGCCAGCCCUCACGGCUGCGACAACGGCGCUCUGACGGACAGGUUCGGGGUUCUGAUCCAGGGACUUCUGGCCAUCGUAGCCUUCAGCACGCUGAUGUUGAAAAGGUUCCGGGAGCCUGUGGGGAUCCGACGCCCUUGGAGGAUCUGGUUUUAUGACACGUCCAAGCAGGCCAUUGGCGCUUUGUUCAUCCACUUUUCCAACGUCUUCCUCUCCACGCUCACCAAAGAGGACCCAUGCUCACUCUACCUGAUGAACUUCCUUUUGGAUGCCACCAUGGGGAUGCUGGUCAUCUGGCUGGGGGUGAAAGUGGUGUCCAAAGUGGUGGAGCACAAGCAGUGGACGCUGCUCACCUUUGGAGAGUACGGUGACCCCCCCCAGGCGGCAGCGUGGCUGGGUCAGUGUGGCAUCUACCUGCUCAUCAUGGUGCUGGAGAAAGGUGCCAUCAGCCUGGUGCUGCUCGUCCCAGGAUGGUCCAAACUGCAGGAGGUUCUGCUGGGCUACAUCGCCAACCCGCAGCUGGAGCUGGCGCUGGUUAUGCUCAUCGUGCCCUUCAUCGUCAACUCCAUCAUGUUCUGGGUGGUUGACAGCCUGAUGAUGAGGAAGUACAAGAGUAUGAAGAGCCUGGACGACUCGUGUGAUGGCUCCGUGAAGAAGGCCGACCCGCUGCCCUGGGCUGUCAAUGACGAGUCUCAGGUUCUCCUCACAGUGGACACAGAUACCGACGAGGAGCCCAACGAUGGAGACUCGUUGCCUCCGGUGCAGUACUCUGGCGCGCCAGUGAGGCCCAGCUGGGUGGGGGUGUGAAGCCACCACGAUCUAAACCACACGUGGUUACCUCAUCAAAUUAAAGGUCUGAGCGUCACCUUUCAAGUGGGAACGCCACCGUGUGAAGUUGUAAAUCAACAACAUUGAGGACUCGGGAGACGAGCUGCACUUCAAAAUGCGGAAAAUAAAUCUGCCCGUGCUCUUUUGGGACUUUUGGGAACGCCGUCACCGCUCUCAAUCAUCUCGUGUUCCAAAGAGGAGCCUGACAUAAGAUGCAGAACGCUUUCAAGAAACCUUUUGAUGGAAGGUGUGAUUAUUAUUCCUACAUGCUGCGGCUGUUUGCUUAAACUUCCAUGGAAGGUUAGCGUUCAUUACAAGACUUACAAGAAACUGCCUCAGCACGGCAAACAUGGAGUUGAACUGAAGAACAAAGAAGAAGAAGGUUCUGAGGGAUAUGUCACAAUGUCACAGUCACGGCACACAACAAAGUGUGUGUAUUGCGUUGUGGACUCCUAUAGCAGCUACACACGAUAACCCGCACACAAAGAUGUCUAGAUCUUCCAGAGUCUGCACCUAUCCAGCUCUAUUUCUUUGGGUUUUGUUGUUCCCGCGAAAACAGUCUGUUUGAAUGUAUUCCACCCGCAGGCCGCCUCCAGCCUCGCCCACUCCGCUGUUGUUGGUCACACUCCUUAAUGCAUAGAAACACUUUGGGUUUGUGCUGCUAACUUAAAACGGCAAAUUAUCUUUACGUCUGCUUUUAACAUCCAGCCAUAUGUGUUGGAUCCCAAAUCCGAUCUGGAAGUAAAGACUGGACAGUAGGGAUUGACCGAUAUGUUUUUUUUCCGGCCGAUGCCGAUACCGAUUUUUUUCCAUCACCCUUAGCCGAUGGCUGAUUUUGCUUGGGCCGAUAUUUGUAGCCGAUACUGCUUUUGCUCCCUCAAUUUAUAUGAGAAAAUGACAAUGAUAACAAAUAUUCCAGGUCUCAAGUUUAAACAAAUAUUUAUUGAAAUGUAAACACUGAACACAGUAGGAUUCAUCUUUCUUAAACACACAUUUAAACGGCAUUAUCAAUUUUAAAAGGAAUAAAUAUUCAACCAUGUGUAAAACAAAUUCUGUCGUAGUUGAAGUUUUAUCUAGCAUGGAUGUGAUGACUGCUCCUCCGCAGUGUGACGCGCACCCCCCCCCCCCCCCCCCCCGUCCGCCUCCACACACAAACACAUCACACUGACACAAUUUAGUAAGAUAUAUAAAACAUUUCUCUCAUCAUUAAAGUUUGUGUUGUACACACUAAAGACCUCUCAUAAGUAGACACGGCUGCUCCAAUUCCUUCUGUGUGUGCGUGCGUGCAUGCUCGGAGAGAGCAACACACACGUAACACGACACGCAUUUAACCUCAGCCCGGCUGAAUGAUACCGACUAUCGGCCGAUACCGACUCAAGUAAAGAACGCAAAUAUCGGCCCGAUAUAUCGGCCGGCUGAUGUAUCGCUCGAUCCUUACUGGACAGUCCCAAGUUUGGUUUUCUACAGCAUUUUUUUAACAUCUAAUGUGGCCACUUGUGGGAAAUGGCUAUUAGCAGCACCGCUCCCUGUAUGCACACUAUAUAAUGCUUCACAGACAAGCGUGUUUGCUCCAUGACUUAGCCAAAAUGAAGACAGUUGGACACUGAUAAACUGUUACUUACUGCUGCCUCUCUGUGACAUCACAAAGGAACAGUUUUACCACACCUUCUGAAACAGAGCGUUUUGAGCCAUCUCAAACUUCUUUCAGGACUCACUUCCAAAUGCUCAAACCUCAUGAUCUGAACCUUUGGCAUGGUUUAACACCAGAAUACAACAUUCUAACUACUUUUAUAGGUCAGAAAAGUGGAAAAAGUAUCAUAGACAAAUAUGUAAAAAUGAUGUUUUUGUGGUACAUGUACGCUGAAUUGUCGCAUAUGUAUAAAUUAUUACCCACUUAUGAUGAAUGUCAAAAGGAAAAACAGCUUGUUUUUAAAGAAAGAAAUUUGGGGAGGACCAAAAAUCCGCAAAUUUGAAUAUUGUGUAUGUAUUUUUCUAGCCUUUUUUAAUGUCUAAAAAUAG